AUGGCAAGCGUGAACACGACUUCGGGCCCCCAGCUCAAGUCCAAUCAGAUCCAGCAGACCGUUAGCAGAGCAGUCGAUCUCGUUCAAUGCCCUCAUCAGUCCACAGCAUCGGACCCGCCUGCCGCAGCUACACUUGAAGUACCUCCAAUCUACGAUUCGAGUAAUGGCCUUUCUACUCUGCAAGGCCGCAAUCAGGUCAACUACGGCGGAAUCCCAGAUCGUUCAAGGUCUUUGCAUAGACCUGCCCUGACAGAGCUACAUUCAUGGACAGAUGACAUGACGAUUCAACAACUUCGACAAAUAGUGAAAUCCCACCAUGCUGAACUUCUUGAGUAUUGCCAAAGAAUCCCUACUGUUCAGCACCUUGAGCAACAGCUCAGAUCUCAGAAUGGUAAACUUGUUUGGUAUCAAAGGAGCGCGGAUGCACUAGAAGCCUCCAUCAAGCAUGCAGAGAUCAUGAACAAAGCCAUCGUAGAGCUUGAGGCUGAGAUAGCGCCUUCUAUACCAGCGAAUGGGGCUCCUCAGCCUGGCACGAGUUAUUGCCAUGGGUUUGAUCUGGUUGAGCGUCAACGCCCGGGCAGUUUUACUCGGAUCGGUGUAGUACGAUUUGCAGCCUUAAAGCUACGGGACUUGAGAGCGACUCUGCCUCCAGCCUCCAGGGGCCGUGCUAGAGCCGCAGCCGACAGUACACGGCUCGACAACUCUGAAAUCUCAACUCCUCCGCCUCUUAUCCUGUCUCAGCGCAAACACCGGACUACGAUUGGUGACGAAACCGAGGAAGACGACUGGAAGGGCAAGGGGAGGGAGUCACAGAGCUUGGGUUUCCAGUUCUAA